AUGCUAGAUCUUUUAACUGAGACUGGAAUGUUAGCCUGCAAACCUGCAGAGACACCUCUAGGGAUGAAUCACAAGCUUGGAGAGUCUGUGGCUCAGGUCCCAACUGACAAUGGAUGUUAUCAACAGUUAGUUGGGAGACUAAUUUAUUUGUCACACACAAGGCCGAACAUAACCUAUGCAGUAAGUGUGGUGAGCCGGUUCAUGCAUGAACCGAGUGAAGAACAUAUGAAUGCAGUGUAUCGGAUCUUAAAGUGUUUGAAGAAUGCACUAGGAAAAGGAUUGCUAUUCUCUAAGAAUGGGGUCUAUGGAAUUAAAGGAUAUACAGAUUCUAUUUGGGUAGGGAGUCAGACUGAUAAGAGGUCCACAUUGGGUUACUUUGCUUUUGUGGAAGGUAAUCUUGUCACUUGGAGAAGCACAAAAGCAGAAGGUGGUUUCUAG